AUGAAGUUUGAUGAUUUACAGGUGGAGAGUAAGAAGAGUCCUUUAAUGUUAUCAUCAUCAUCUCCUAGGGGUUUUGUGAGGCAAAACUCGUUGUUGAGGACGCCGAAGACGCCUCAAGCUGAGAUUUGUGACUCUGAGUCUCAGCUUGACACCUUAAUCUUUUGUACCAACUAUCUCUAUGCAUAUUGA